UCGCUUAAGGCGGCAACGAACGCGGAAGUGUCGGUGAGUGAGUGCUCUCGCUCCAGCUCGACUCUCUGUCGGGGACACUACAGGGCGUAUCCGCUCUCUGAGAAUCAGGAAACACGUUGAUAUUCGCUGCAACUCUCCGCUUUAUUUUGAUCAGUGUAAUCGCUCCGUAGUGCUGACCGUCAGCGGCUGCCUAGAACAUCGACACCGACACCAGCCUGCUGGAUAUCAGCCCAGCGAUGAGCAACACGACCGCUUCUGACGCUGGUGACAGUGCUGGAACGAGCGGCGGGACCAAUCCGUACUACAUCGCCUUUGUGCUGGUGCCUAUUCUCUUCCUUCUGGGCCUGCUCGGUGUGGUGAUCUGUCAUGUGCUGAAAAGGAAGGGCUACCGGUGCACCACAGACCAUGAUGACGAGGAGGAGUGUAAGGAAGAGGUCAAAGAUCCCGAGCUGGGCGGAGAGCUCAAUGACACCUUCAGUGACUACAAUGACACGGUUGGACAGAUUGUCCACUACAUCAUGAAAAAUGAAGCAAACUCUGAUGCCCUAAAUGCCAUGAUUCAUGAAAACAGCAUUGAUUCGGAUGGUCCUCCGCUCACCCCCACCUCCCCCGGCACUCCCACUCCUCCAAUGACACCUGUAUCGCCGGGGGCGCCCCCGGGAGCAGCCAAGCACACCUGUAACCACCUGCACACCAUCGGGGGCCUGGGAGGCAACAAGAACAUCUGCACCCGCUGCAACCAGAAGAAAUGGCCGCUAAUGAGGAAGCCGUCAGCCCGCAAAGCAGAGCUGCGGCACAGUAACUGUGUGGAGGUCACAGUCCUGGCUGUAGGCAGGUGGGCAAGUGUGUGUGUGUGUGUGUGUGUGUGUGUGUUUGAAUCAUAACUGAAGGA